AAGAGGAAAUGCUAUUGUGACUAAAUCUUGCUUGUUGAAAAACAAAAAUAAGAUUUUUUUCGUGAUUUUUUUCGUUUUGCAAGAAUAUGUCUUCCAUGGAAUUACUUGCCUCUUUGCUGGCAUGUGUCUUUAUAAUAAAGGUACAUGGCCAGUUGUCGGGUCAGCUGCGUCAUGCCGUGAAGUCCGGUUCCUGUCCCCCUAGCGUAUGUGUCUCAGUGUUCGAAAAUGGAUGUCAGAGUGACUUUACCUGUCCCAGGGAAAUGAAAUGCUGCGACAACCAAUGUGGAAAACAAAUGUGUAUGCCACCAAUAAGUUCCGAAGAGCGAAGAAGCAAGCAGGAGAAGCUACACGUGUCCUUUGUCCAGGAAACAACCACGAUCACAGACCAGUGUUACUAUAACGGGCAGUGGUACAGUCCAGGUCAAAGCCUAAUCAACAGAGACGGGGCUCACUGUACCUGUAUAAACAGGGAGCGGAUCUCAUGUACACGCCCCAACAUCGAGAGGAACAACAACAUUUAUCAUAAUAAUCAAGGACAAUCCAAUUCAGUGCAAUCAAAUUUUCGGAUGGCGCCAAGCGCCUGGCAGUCACAAGGGGGUUUUACAUCGCCGGCAUACCAAUGGAGACCUCAAACAACAUUACAGCCAGUCCAAGUGGUCAUACAGGAUGUGAAUAAGAUCCUGAUGGGUGGACAAUCUCAGUAUGGUUUGAAUCUGGCAAUGAACGGCUAUCGAAACCUUGGGGAGGUGGCUGGAACACAAAGUCCUGCAUUUUUACAAGCUAGCCACGUAAAAGAAGCUCAGGCCCAUAGCGUGAUCACUGGACAAAACCCCUAUGGAUCAGCUCAUAGGCAGCAGAUGCUAUAUGAUAAGAACUAUCCAAGUAUAGAUAAGUCAGCUUCUCUACAUAGUGGUGCGCAUAAAUCCGAGAUGAAUGGUCAAUUCGGAUUUUCUGGACCUUACAUGAGUGGAAAUGUAAACUUCGGACUACCUAGUAAGAAUGAAGGAAACAUCUUAAGGGGACCAAUUACUACAGAGAUAAGUAUUGUUAAGGAUCCUGGCAUGAUAGAAAUGCAACAAAGUGGUCAAGGAGUUACAAAAGUUAAUCAGGGCUUCCGGACAACAACAACAUCAUGGCUCCAAAAUACAGGUGUCAGUAAAAAUAUAAUAGAGAGCUUGGAAUUCGGUGUACUAGAGCGUCAGGCUGGACAACAAUUAAUUCCAAAGAAUGAGAACUCCAUUCAAAAUCAAAUACAAAACAGAGGGUAUGCUGAACAACAGCGAUCUCUUAAUCCUGGUUCUGCCCUAAAUCCAAACCAAAUAAAUUCGUUCAACCAGGAUCCUAUCCAAACAAAUCCAUUAUCGACAAAUGGAGACAUUAUGAAUGUGAAUAGCCAAAGACCUAAUAAUAGUAAAAACCAGUUUCAGGCGAACAAAUCGGAAUUUCAGCAGCAGAUAAAUAUGCCUUCCGCCAAUGUAGUACCUGACCGGGCUCCAUAUCAGCUCGGAACAAGCGGAAGCCAGGAACCUUAUCAACAAUUAAGUAAAGGACAGAACCUUAAUCAGCAAAUGGCGAAUAUAAACCAACCCAAAAGUUUUCAAAAUAAUGCAACAAACGGAUUUUUUGGUUUUAGUAAAAAUAUAAGAAUGGAAGAGAAAGUAAAUGUACCAGCUUCAUUUGGGUCUUUUGGUUCGAUUUCCAGCGAGAGAAAUAUAAAUGGUCAACCAGUUAAUCGUAACGGUAAUCCUAACCUUGGUACUCUACAACAAGCAUAUCAGAUGGAUAAUCAAAAUUAUCCUAUCUUAGAUAACUCUAGACAAAGAAACCCAAUGUACUUAAACAACAAUCAAAAUUCUAGGACCCCACAACAAGCCGAUCCAAUAGCUCAUAACAACAACCGUAAUUUUAGAAUACAACAACAAGACCGUCCAAUAAAUGGAAACAAUUACGGUAAUUCUGGUAUCCCACAUCAAGCAAAUCCAAUAAAUAAUUACAAUAAUCCUUACUCCGGGAUGCAACAAAAUAACAAUAAUAAUCCUAAUUUGGCUAUUCCUCAACAAUAUUAUUCGAACAAUCGACAUAGUAAUUCUUACUUUGGAAUUCCACAACAGAACAAUCCCACUGAUAAGAAUAUUAACCAUAGCCAAGAAAACAUUCCAAUGCAUCGAGCCAAUUUCCCUCAGACAGGUAUCGCUCACAAACCAUCACAGGAAAGGAGCAAUGUAUUCCAGGGACAGAAUUUACAAACAGAAUUCAUGAAGCGCGAUAAUAAACAAGAACAAAACACAGGCAUACAGCUUAUAAAUACAAAGGGUAAUCAAGGCGCUAAACCGAAUGGAAAUGCAGCGUUUAAUGCCGAUAAUUUACUGGUUAAUCAAGAGAAAACAAAUCAGGUCUUAGAUAACUUGGGUACCAAAAGUUUUUCAAAGAGUUUUAAUCUACAUUCAAACACAGGAAGUGAAAAUAAAAGAACAAAGUUUGUUUAUAACAAAGAACAAUCUAACAACAAGUACAAGGUAAUUAGCUUUGAAAAUAUGCACAGUGAAAAAGAUUUAAAAUCAUUCAACCGUCAGCAAUCUCGAGUGACUCCAUUUUCGUUAAAAGGGGAAUCGAUACAAAUGGAGAAUUCAAUUCAAAAUCCUGAAGGACUUCAAGCCGGUUCUCAAACACAGGCCACAACUACAAUCUUUCCCAAGAUUAAUAACAUAAAAAUUAGAUCUGAUACUCAAAAACCGUUCGAAGAAAUCAUCAUUGAGACUACUUUACCACCUGCAACAUCAACCAAGAGUUUUAUACAAUUUUUGAAAGAGGUAUUAGAACAGCGAGAGAUGGUAAAGAGUAAAGUGGAAAGUUCUCCAAUAGAGAUAGUGUACAACAAAGAAAUGGUGAAAAGUAAGAAAGAAGUUCAUCCACCGACAAACCCAGUAUACCGAACAAAAAAAUCCCAAACAUCCACAUUUAAAAUAGGUUCGCCUUCAAUAACGACAGCUAAAACCCCAUCAACACCAACAGAAACAACAACUGCUUCUUCUUCCAUUUCUUCAUCUGCUGUUGUCACGACUGUUUCCUCUGUUAAUCCUACUCUAAAUCGUAUUCCGACUACAAUUACAGAGGCGAAAGAGAUUACCAAGACAGCUUCGAAAAUUAUUCCAACAACGGACAAAAAUACAAUAGAGAUAAAAGAAACAGAUUCAAAACAAAAUACUGCCGUAAAAUCUCGACCACUAACAUCUCUUUUAGCAGAAAUAGACAAACAUACCACAGUUCGAAUUAAAGUUGUUCCGACACAAAAUGCUAGUCCUGAUACACGUCAAACGUAUGUCGUAUAUAUGAGUCCGAGCCCAAAAGAAUCACGGCACGAAUCUACAACAACUACAAUAGCCAACAUCCCUAUGACAACCUUCACCUACGUCAACAAUCACAAUCAACAUCACAUUGAAAUAAAAGACAAUCCAACAAUGUCCGAACCAAAAGAGCCACGCAUACAGAUUAUGACGGAAUCGACCACACUGCCAAUGACUUCAAUGAUAGAAAAACCGACCACUACUUUGAUGUCUGAACGUCCUGGUCAGAAAAGUCAAGGAACCACGAAUUCUCAUUACUCUCACUUUCAAUUUACAGAUACUGCAACCCAGAGAAUGGAUGUUGUGGAUCAAUCUAAAGAUAUUCCCAUUAACAACCCUUCCACAACAAUGUCGAUUCCAAUGGUGAGUGUAACUAGUCAACAACUGUAUAAAGAAACACCUAUUGUGUAUACAAGUGAUUCACCUGCUCAAAAUGCUGCACCUGCUGCACCACUGGUAACUCAGACUAACACUGCUCAGAAAAAAGAUCAUCCAAAAUUAAAUACUUUACAUAGAUUCGUUCCAGAUAUCUUACCUGAAAAUGCUACAUUUUAUGAAAAGAUCGUUUUCAUGAGGCGUCAGAAAGAGGCUCGAGAGAAUCCCGUAGCGGCGCUUAAGAAGUAUGGAAGUCAAUCGAAUAUGUUACACUUGAUCAACAUGCUCCCGAAAAAUAACUAUAAUCCAAUGGCUGCUAAAAAUGUUGCUGAAUUUUACACUGUAAAGGACCGGCCUCGACUUAAGACGACCGUCACCAGAGCAAGUACUACCACACCAAGUCCUCUCAAAAAAGAAAGAAAACACAAUAACCCACCAUCAGGUGACAUUCAACCUUCUAAACAAAAUGCUAAUAUGAGAAUGACCAAGAAUGGAAAAACUGAAGUUGUACAGAACAGUGCAAGCAGAGCAAAAAUGGUAACAAGAAGCAAUCGCAACAAUCAAGUGCAGCCCUCACAAAAAACUCAAACGAGACAGCGAGUUCAAGACAUCAAAAAAUCCCCUGCAAAAACAAGUAAACCAAAUCCUCUAAACAAUAAACGAUUGAAACAGAAGUUAAACAAUAAACAGUGCGUGUAUUUAGGAAAGAUUUAUAAGAUAAACCAGAGGUUUAGGAACAAUAGAGGACAGCGGUGUAAAUGUCGCAAAGGAGGGAAAAUAAAAUGUAGACGAUAAAGAAUAUAUACUGAGAGUACUGAUAAAGAAUUAAAGUACUGCAAGUACUCGUUGUAAUUCGAUUGCACACAAUUGUUUUAAGUUAUCUUUUGUAUCAUUUCUGUUGAGAAUAUUCCAGUCAUUCUGUUUAUACUGCUUCGAUGAUAUCUUGGAAUAAAGUGUUUACUUGUUUUCUACAUGGGUUAUAAUUAAUUUAUAAGCAUUUCGAGCAAUGGAUUAAUUCUUAAUCUCAUUUUCAUAUAAAUAUAACGAUGCCCGUUGACAAGGGGCUUAAACAUGUAUUGAAGUCUGUUCGAAAAUAUUUUAUUUCAAUUGUUCAGUGAGUCACCAUAGAUGACAAUAGAAUUUUGAUAAUAUAGAGUGUAAGAAAUGGUUUUGUUUGAUGACCAUAAAGUAUGUUCUUGGUUUUA